AUGGUAUCAUCGCAGCAGCAAUUUUUAGGAAUAAUAUCGGAUACUGUCGAGCAAAUGGAGUACAAUCACGGUGAACAAGUCGAUAUGAAAAAAUCACAUUUUUUUUCAAAAUAUUUACUCGUUGGAAUUUUACUUGGCGCUUUGAUAGGCAGCAUUGUCUUCGCAACAGUAUUAACUUUAUAUCUACAUGACUCAAAAGAGUCGACAUCAUUCACUAGUACGCUCCAGACUGUCACUGUUACAACAAGUGGCUCGCAAGUAAUAAGCACGCCAGCAACAACUAAACGUGGCGGAUAA